AUGAGCCUCCACCUGCCUAUUCGGGGAGGCGAAUUCGCCACUAUCAUCAGCGUCUACGCUCCGCCGAUGACCGGCCCCGGCGCCACAAGAGACCAAUUCUAUGAGGAACUGCAUGCCCUCCUGACGACUGUGUCGAAGGCGGACAAGUUGAUUGUCCUUAAUGACUUAUACGCCCGCGCCAGCACAGACCAUGCUGCCUGGAGAGGAGUGCUAGGUCCCAUGGUCUUCACAGCUUUAACGACAAUGGCCUGCUCCCUCUUCGAACCUGCGCAGAUCGACUCAUCCUGAUGAACACCCUCUUCCGCCUCCCGAUGCGAGAAAAGGCCACCUGGAUGCAUCCUCGGGCGCGCCAGUGGCACCUGCUGGACUAUGUCAUCGUCCGUAAGCGAGACCAGCGAGACGUGCUGGUGAAAAAGGCGAUUCCGGGUGCUGACGGGUAGACCAACCAUCGCCUCGUCAACUCGAAGACGCAGAUUCGCCUACUGCCUUUUAGAAGACCUCAGGCGACGAGCUAGCUCAACGGCUAGACAACUUUUCAGUCGCCGCUGCCGCCGCCGCUGACGAGAACGCCUCCGUAGAGAACCGAUGGGGUCAACUGCGGGACACAGUCCAGCCGACGGCGUUGGCCGUCCUCGGUCGCGCACGCCGCCAACAUUAUGACUGGUUCGAUGACGACGCCGCCAUCAGCAACCUACUCGCCGAGAAGAAUCAUCUGCACAAAGCCUACUUCAAGAGCCCUACCGACGACAAGAGAGCUGCAUUCUACCAUGGUCGCCGCCUUGUGCAACAGCGACUCCGUGAGAAGCAGGACACCUGGACGGCUCGCAAGACUUAG